CGGUCUACAAAACCACCAGUUCGAUCCACAAUUCUCAUAUAGCAUUGCAUUGCCAUUGCCAUUGCCAUUUUCAUUUUCAUCGUUGAUUCUCUCCGUUGUUCCUUAGUCGAUCAAGGAGAGAGAUAGACAGAGAUGAGCGGACACGACUCCAAGUACUUCUCCACCACCAAGAAGGGCGAAAUCCCUGAGCUCAAAGAGGAGCUCAAUUCUCAGUACAAGGACAAGAGAAAAGAUGCUGUCAAAAAGGUGAUUGCUGCCAUGACUGUUGGGAAAGAUGUUUCAUCACUAUUCACAGAUGUUGUGAAUUGCAUGCAAACAGAGAAUUUGGAACUCAAAAAGCUUGUUUAUUUAUAUCUCAUAAAUUAUGCUAAAAGCCAACCUGACCUAGCGAUACUUGCAGUAAACACAUUUGUCAAGGAUUCUCAGGACCCAAAUCCGCUGAUUCGAUCUUUAGCUGUACGGACAAUGGGAUGCAUUCGUGUUGACAAAAUCACAGAAUAUCUGUGUGAUCCACUGCAGAGGUGUCUCAAGGAUGAUGAUCCUUAUGUUCGCAAGACAGCUGCUAUAUGUGUUGCUAAGCUUUAUGACAUAAAUGCUGAGCUAGUUGAGGAUAGGGGGUUUCUGGAAGCUCUCAAGGAUUUGAUAUCUGAUAAUAAUCCAAUGGUUGUAGCUAAUGCUGUGGCAGCACUUGCAGAGAUUCAAGAGACCAGUAGCAGGCCCAUAUUUGAGAUCAUGAGCCACACACUUUCAAAACUCCUUACUGCUCUAAAUGAAUGCACAGAGUGGGGUCAAGUUUUCAUAUUGGAUGCUCUUUCCAAGUACAAGGCAGCCGAUGCUCGUGAAGCUGAGAAUAUAGUGGAGCGUGUUACUCCACGAUUACAGCAUGCAAAUUGUGCAGUUGUGCUUUCUGCUGUUAAGAUGAUCCUUCAACAAAUGGAACUCAUCACCAGUCCUGAUGUGGUUCGGAAUCUUUGCAAGAAAAUGGCUCCUCCUCUUGUGACAUUACUAUCUGCCGAACCUGAGAUUCAAUAUGUUGCAUUACGAAACAUCAACCUUAUUGUCCAAAGGCGGCCUACAAUUCUUGCCCAUGAAAUCAAGGUGUUUUUCUGCAAGUACAAUGAUCCGAUUUAUGUUAAGAUGGAAAAAUUGGAAAUCAUGAUAAAGCUGGCUUCAGACCGCAAUAUAGACCAGGUUCUGUUGGAGUUUAAGGAAUAUGCUACAGAAGUAGAUGUAGAUUUUGUCAGAAAGGCUGUUCGUGCUAUUGGACGAUGUGCCAUCAAGUUAGAGAGAGCAGCUGAGCGAUGCAUUAGUGUUUUGCUUGAGCUGAUUAAGAUUAAAGUAAACUAUGUUGUUCAAGAAGCUAUUAUAGUCAUUAAAGAUAUAUUUAGGAGAUACCCUAACACCUACGAGUCCAUCAUUGCUACACUUUGUGAGAGCUUGGACACUCUAGAUGAGCCUGAGGCUAAGGCAUCAAUGAUCUGGAUAAUUGGUGAAUAUGCAGAAAGAAUUGACAAUGCUGAUGAGCUGCUUGAGAGCUUUUUGGAGAGUUUCCCUGAAGAGCCUGCCCAAGUACAAUUGCAGUUGCUGACUGCAACUGUCAAACUUUUUCUUAAGAAGCCAACUGAAGGGCCACAGCAGAUGAUUCAGGUUGUGUUGAAUAAUGCCACUGUGGAGACUGACAACCCAGAUUUGCGUGAUCGUGCAUAUAUAUAUUGGCGUCUUCUUUCAACUGAUCCUGAGGCGGCUAAAGAUGUUGUGUUAGCUGAGAAGCCUGUGAUCAGUGAUGAUUCAAACCAACUUGAGCAGUCUCUUCUUGAUGAUCUUCUUGCCAAUAUUGCUACUUUAUCUUCUGUGUAUCACAAGCCCCCAGAGGCAUUUGUUACCCGUGUGAAGACUGCCCAAAGAACUGAAGAAGAUGAUUACCCUGAUGGGAGUGAAACAGGGUACUCUGAAUCACCUUCUCAUGCAGUGGACAGUAUUGCAUCGCCACCAGCUACUUCAAGUAACACUCCACAAGCUGUGGGAAGGCAACCAGCCGCUGCUCCUGUGCCAGAUUUACUUGGUGAUUUGAUGGGCCUUGAUAGUGAUAACAACAGUAAUAAUGCAAUUGUUCCUGUCGAUGAGCCCACAAUACCUGCUGGCCCUACUUUGCCUGUUGUAUUACCCGCAUCAACUGGUCAAGGUUUACAAAUCAGUGCACAGUUGGUACGAAGAGAUGGCCAAAUAUUUUACAGCUUAUUAUUUGAGAACAACUCACAGAUUCCCCUUGAUGGGUUUAUGAUCCAGUUCAACAAGAACACAUUUGGUCUUGCUGCUGCUGGACCACUACAGGUCCCACAAUUGCUACCUGGAACAUCAGCAAGGACUCUUCUGCCGAUGGUUUUAUUCCAGAAUGUUGCUUCUGGUCCUCCAAACACACUACUGCAGGUUGCUGUGAAAAAUAAUCAACAACCUGUGUGGUAUUUCAGUGAUAAAGUAUCAUUACUGGUAUUCUUCACCGAGGAUGGAAGAAUGGAGCGUGCUACUUUCCUUGAGACAUGGAAGUCUUUACCUGAUUCAAAUGAGGUGUCAAAGGACUUUCCAGGAAUUGUCAUGAACAGUGUGGAAGCAACCCUAGACCGGCUGGCCGCAUCAAACAUGUUUUUCAUUGCAAAGCGUAAGCAUGCAGACCAGGAGGUGUUGUAUCUCUCUGCUAAAAUCCCUCGUGGAUUCCCCUUCUUGAUUGAACUCACUGCAGUUAUUGGAGUCCCUGGACUCAAGUGUGCAAUCAAAACUCCAAGCCCCGAAAUGGCUCCUCUUUUCUUUGAAUCCAUCGAGACUCUCCUCAAGAGUUGAUUUCCCUGUCUUUUCCCCCUCUUCCCCCCAAUCAUUUCUCUAUUUAUUUUUGUGUAAUUAUUUUAAUACUGAGAUCCCUGUUGCUUUUUUUCUGUCUGUAGUCCACUUUUCAGCUGUCCAGCUUUUCUUCGUAUUCUAAUUCUUCAUCGAAUUUUAUUUACUGAGAUUGUUUUGAUGAAGUUUCUAUUCUGUAGAUGUUUUUUUUUUAAAUGUAUUUGUUGAACCAAAAUUUUGUCAUGCAAUAUAUAAAAAAGGAUUGAUGAUUA